AUGUCUAAAAUACCAAGCCAGCAGGUGGUCAUUGUCGGAAUCGACGCAAAUGCGAAGAUGGGACUCGAACAGCAAUCCAAUGUGCUAGGAAAAUGGUACUAUGCAGCAGAGCGCACGUCGGACAACGGUGACCGUCUGGUCGACUUGUGCGAACAGACGGGCCUCAUCAUCGCUUCCACGUUUAAGAGGAGUCAUCGACGCCAUCAGCUCACGUGGUAG